GCAUAGUCCAUAGUCCAUUCGGUAAAAACGAAAAUAACUCAAAAUUCCAGUCUUAAAAGCUCUCCCCUCCCCUUCCCUUCCACCCCACCUUCUCGUCGGUUCAGUGUCUCUGGACAACAACAAUAACUCGAAGUUCCGACAAGGGGAUCAGUACGGCGUCGUUCUGUAGAUCGCAUGACGCCUCUCCCAUGAAGUCUCAGAUCUGGUGACGUAACCGCGCAAUCCUUUCAUCUUAUUUUUCUGUUGAGAGAAUUCGGUGAAAACAAAAUUUAACCAACGGAUUUGGUCAAGCAUGGACGGGGAUGAGCUCCGGUUGAUUCUGUCGAAAUCGAAAACGGAUGUGUGGACGCUGAUAGAGGCGGCGAUUGAGGUGGCGUCCGUCGACUGCGCCGAUGAAUUCAAGGAUCGGCGCGACGGAAUCGUCGAGAAGUUGUAUUCCAAUCGCUGCCGCAACUGCAACGACGUAGUCAACGCUCACUUUGCGCCCAACGGCGUUGCGAAUUACAAUAGCGUUACCAAUAUCGAGAGGCACAUCAGUAAGAGUCCUUCCAGUCCCGAGUCUAAUCAUCACCGUCAUGAUGAUAACGAACGGGAAGAGGGCGAAGAAGAAGAAGAAGAAGAAGAGGCUGAUCCGUAUGGAGGCUUGUUUGACGAUGAGCAGACCAAAAUUAUCAGAAUCAAAGAGCAGCUUGAAGAUCCAGAACAGCCUGAAGAAUCUGUGAUUGAGCUGCUACAAAACCUUGAAGAUAUGGAUAUUACAUUUCAAGCUCUGAAGGAUACUGAUAUUGGAAGGCAUGUGAAUCGAUUGAGGAAGAAUCCAUCAAAUGAAGUUAGGAGAUUGGUGAAGCAGCUAGUCAGAAAAUGGAAAGAAACUGUAGAUGAUUGGGUUAGGCUCAACCAACCUGAACAAGCAUCUUCUAAUCUCAUUGCUGAUGGAGACUCACCCCAGCAGAACUUACAUAAAAAUCAGCACAAUGGUCAUCACCAGGUACCUGAUUUUGGGUAUUCUCCAAAUCCUAGAAAUGGGAGUUCAAGCUCAGACCGGAAUAACUCAGAACCAGAGCAGAAGCCAAAAUCGUUUCCUCGGAAUGAAGCACCUCCCAGACCACUUCAAUCUGCUCCUAAGCCCGCUUCAGCUCCUCCCCCAAGCAGGCCUCCGAGGGAAUCAGUGAUGGAUAUGGAGAAGCUAAAUUCAGCAAGGAGGAGGCUUCAGGAGAACUACCAAGAAGCACAAAAUGCUAAAAAGCAAAGGACAAUACAAGUGAUGGACAUUCAUGAGAUUCCAAAACCGAAAAACGCCUUCUUUGCCAAGAAUAAAGGCGGCUUUCAGGGAAGGCAUCAUCGCUGAUUUGUUGGAAGGGCUGUUUGAGUGUACAAAUAAAUACUCUCUGCUUUUAUUGUUACGGCGCACUACCUACGGCUUACGUUUGUGAUAACGGGAUUUUACCAAAAGUGGGAAAAUCCCUGUUGCUGCAUUUGUUUUUCCUUUGCUACCUACAUUACACUAAAAGCACAUAGGCCUGCCUUUUUAUUCAUCUCUAUUAUAUGAAGUUUAUUUAGUCUUGGUGUUGGAUGAAUUGCUGAA